UCAGCCCGCGCCAGAGCAGCCGCAGCUUCAGCACCACGGACAGCUCACAGCGCAGCCUCAGCCCGGGCCCGGCGGCAGGGCUCACCCACCCCAGUCGCCCCACCAGCACCGGGUGACACUUGCGGCCGCGGCCGACAAGGAGAAGGAGCGUCCCCCGAGUUGCUGCGCUGCCGCCGGAGCCCUCCUUCAGCACAAAUCGUCGGCUGCCCUGGGCAAGGGCGUCCUGAGCAGGAGACCCGAGAAUGAGACCGUGCUGCACCAGUUCUGCUGCCCAGCUGCUGACGCCGAGCAGAAGCCUGCCUGCUCCGACCUGGCCUCCCACAGUGACGGCUCCUGUGUGCAGGCCGGUGGGGGCAUGGAGGACUCCGCAGUGGCAGCCGGCAGACCCAGUGCCCAUGCCCCGAAGGCUCAAGCCCAGGAGCUCCAGGAGAAGGAGGAGCGGCCGGGGGCGGGGGGUGCCUCCCCCAGGGCUGGCCCCCAUCGUGCGGCCUCCCCCAGCCAGCAGCAGCCUGCCCUGGCGACGGCACCCUGCUCCCACACCCCUGGCGCCUCUGAUUACGAACUCUCCCUUGACCUAAAGAAUAAACAGAUUGAAAUGCUAGAACACAAAUACGGGGGCCACCUCGUGUCCCGGCGCGCUGCCUGCACCAUCCAAACCGCCUUCCGCCAGUACCAGCUCAGCAAGAACUUCGAAAAGAUCCGCAACUCGCUGCUGGAGAGCCGCCUGCCUCGACGGAUCUCCCUCCGCAAGGUGCGGGCGCCCACUGCCGAGAGCUUGGCAGCCGAGAAGGCGCUCAUGGAAGGCUAUGGGCUCGUGGGGCUGCCACUGGUGCGCUCGCCCUCCCUGCCACCCACCUUCGCGGGCACGCUCACAGAGCUGGAGGACUCCUUCACCGAGCAGGUGCAGUCCCUGGCCAAGUCCAUUGACGAUGCCCUCAGCACCUGGAGCCUCAAGACUAUGUGCUCCCUGCAGGAGGGGGGCGCUUACCAGAUCCACCAGGCCCUGCACGCGGGCUCAGGGCAGCCUGGCCUGGAGGUCGAGAUGCAAGAGCCUGAGAGCACAGGCCCAGGGCCUGGGGAUGAGGCCGCGGAGCCUGCGGGCCUGCCCCAGGGCCACGGCGGCACGCUCAUGAUGGCUUUCCGGGACGUCACGGUGCAGAUCGCCAACCAGAACAUCUCUGUCUCCUCUUCCACAGCUCUGUCUGUGGCCAACUGCCUGGGCGUGCAGCCAGCUCAGGCCACAGCCGAGCCCGCAGCCGAGCCCACAGCCGGCAAAGGCGAGCAGGGUGAGGCCCUGGAGGUCCCUGCCACCGGCCCAGGGGACACGCCUGCAGAAGACACAGGCACAGAGGCGGCAGCGGGCCAGGCCCCUGACACCCAGCAGCCAGUGGCCACUGAGGCGGUGGCGGAGGAGGCCGUGGCCACAGAGGCAGAGGAAGAAGAGGAAGAGGCUGGGGAGGCAGGGAAAGCGGCAGAGACCGAGGGAGGUGAGAACUCUGAACAGCUGAGCAGCAGCAGCACAUCCACCAAAUCAGCCAAGUCCGGCUCAGAGGUGUCGGCCGCAGCAUCCAAAGAGGCCCUGCAGGCUAUGAUCCUGAGUCUGCCCCGCUACCACUGCGAAAACCCGGCCAGCUGCAAGUCGCCCACGCUCUCUACCGACACCCUGCGCAAGCGGCUCUACCGCAUCGGCCUCAACCUCUUCAACAUAAACCCGGACAAGGGCAUCCAGUUCCUGAUCUCGCGCGGCUUCAUCCCUGACACGCCCAUCGGCGUGGCGCAUUUCCUCCUCCAGCGCAAGGGCCUCAGCCGCCAGAUGGUCGGAGAGUUCCUGGGCAACAGCAAGAAGCAGUUCAACCGCGACGUGCUGGAGUGCCAGCGCUACUGCAUGUGCAACCCCGAGGUGGUGCAGCAGUUCCACAACCCCGAUACCAUCUUCAUCCUGGCCUUCGCCAUCAUCCUCCUCAACACCGACAUGUACAGUCCCAAUAUUAAGCCUGACAGGAAGAUGAUGCUGGAGGACUUUAUCCGAAACCUGCGAGGUGUGGAUGACGGUGCUGACAUCCCCAGGGAGCUGGUGGUAGGCAUCUACGAAAGGAUACAGCAGAAGGAACUCAAGUCCAAUGAGGACCACGUCACCUAUGUCACCAAGGUGGAAAAGUCCAUCGUGGGCAUGAAGACAGUGCUGUCGGUGCCGCACCGCCGCUUGGUCUGCUGCAGCCGGCUCUUCGAGGUGACAGACGUGAACAAGCUGCAGAAGCAGGCGGCACAUCAGAGGGAGGUGUUCCUCUUCAACGACCUGCUGGUGAUCCUCAAACUGUGCCCGAAGAAGAAGAGCGCCUCCACGUACACCUUCUGCAAGUCGGUCGGCCUGCUGGGCAUGCAGUUCCACCUCUUUGAGAACGAGUAUUACUCCCAUGGCAUCACACUGGUGACCCCACUGUCGGGCUCCGAGAAGAAGCAGGUGCUGCACUUCUGCGCCCUGGGCUCGGACGAGAUGCAGAAGUUCGUGGAAGACCUGAAGGAGUCCAUCGCUGAGGUGACAGAGCUGGAGCAGAUCCGGAUAGAGUGGGAGCUGGAGAAGCAGCAGGGAACAAAGACGCUCUCCUUCAAGCCCGGGGGAGCCCAGGUGGAACCACAGUCCAAGCAAGGAUCACCCACAGCCAAGAGGGACGCUGCGCUGGGGGAGAAGCCCACGGAGAGCCCGGGGGAGGUGUCAAUUCACAACAGGCUUCAAACGUCCCAGCACAACUCCAGGCUGGGGGCCGAGAGGGGAGCGCCAGCGCCAGCGCCACUGCCAGACCCGCAGCCUAGCCCUUUGAGAGAGCAGCCCCCGCCGCUGCCACCGCUGCCACCCACGCCCCCAGGCACCCUGGUGCAGUGCCAGCAAAUUGUCAAGGUCAUUGUCCUGGACAAGCCCUGCCUGGCACGCAUGGAGCCCCUGCUGAGCCAGGCUCUCUCCUGCUACACCUCGUCCUCCUCUGAGUCCUGCGGCUCCACACCUCUGGGCGGCCCAGGGUCCCCAGUCAAGGUCAUCCACCAGCCUCCGCUGCCUCCACCCCCUCCCCCUUACAAUCACCCGCACCAGUUCUGCCCACCCAGCUCCCUGCUGCACCGGAGGCGCUACUCCAGCGGCUCCAGGAGCCUGGUGUAGCUCUGCCCCCAGCAGCCUGUUGCCCCAGGAAGGCCGGCCACCAGAGGGGGCCUCAGCUGCCCCUUAGCUGCUCCCCGCAUCCUGACAUUCCUGGUCACCAAUCACUGUUUGGAAGGAGAACCCUGAUCCCUGGCACGUGGAUUUGCUUGGUCCAGCCAUCCUGCCCUUACUCAGCUGAGCACCCCCCAAACCUGGAGACACCACCUCCUUCUCCUGGGGCCCCAAACAGCCAGAUGAGGUGACAUCUGCGGCCACCACUCUCCCCCGUUGGGCCAUAGAGGAAACGCACAGCUGGGGGGCCGACCACCUUGCAGGCUUAAAGUCUGUUCAUGGCCAAGCCUCGGCCCAUGGGCAGGAGCAGGAGGCUGGGGUGGCUGGCAGGGUCAACAAGCCCUGGAUGGAGGGGGGCUGGCCCACAGCAGGUGCCCCUGAGUGGAAGAGGGUAGCCCCAGCUCCCUGGGGGACCAGCCUGCAGCAGGCCAAAGGAGGAGCUGAUUCUGCUCCCCUGUCCUCCAGCCCACAAGUCUCGGGAGGCUGCGGCUGGGUCCCCAGAGACAUUGGCUCUCCUGGCCCCCUCCUCCCGGGGCCUUCUCACCAGCUGCCCUGGAUCCAGGAACGCUUUGAGAAGGGGAGGAGGGAAGACGAGCGCUUGGCUCUCUCUAGGUCAGUUCAGCAGGGCCAUGAGCUUACGAGGUCGUCUAUCUGCAAAAUGCACUUUGUAAAAUCAUUUAGUAGUUCCCCAGCCCCCAGUAAUACCCAGCCAAAGCCAAGUGCACACAGCACUGGCCUGUAAAAUGCACCAGAACCAGGUUAAGCGCUUCCACUGUUUCCACAGAAACAGGGGGAUCCACCAGUGGGGGUUCUGGGAGAGGUUCUCCUGGACUCAGAGUCAGGGCUGCCUCUUGCGUGACUCAGUGGCUCCAGGAAGAACCCGGAUGAGAAACAGGCAGGAGCAGGUAGGCCCCUGAGGACUCAAGUCUCCCCGCCGUCCCGGCCUUUAGCAGUUCUGGAGGCACAGAGCCCUUCCAGUGUGACUGGCGGAGUCCCUUGAUGUCCCAAAGGAGAGCCAAGCAGGGCUGCUGGCCUCCCAGGGUGAACCGGAGCAGAGAGCCAGCCUUGGGGGCCUGCAAAGCCCCAGCCCGAGGCGAGACAGCCCAUCCUCCAAGCCAGGGAUCGGUGCCCUGGCCAUCCCAUGGUGGAGGCUUCAGGAAGUACAUGCUGCAAGCCCAGCCGCACUGUGGUCCCGUGCCUGCAGCUACAGCGGUACUGCACCACAGUCCUCCCUCUCAGAGCCCACUUAUAAAGCCUCCAGGGAGGCGCCAUAGAUACUGGCUAAGUCCAGAGUGAAUCGGCUUCUCCAGCCCCAGCACACACCCUGUGCUGCAGCAUCCUGGGCCAGGGACGAGGCGAGGAUAAUCCCCACCCUCAGAGGGGCCGGCUGACCUAGUUUCCCAUGUACGUGUGUGAACGCCCAGACGUCAUCAUGAGGUCACUCAGUGAGUUUAUUUCUGGCUCCAUCUUGACAGCCUGGUUUCCAUAACUUGGAGCCAAUUUGCUGUGUCCCUCGUGACUCCCGGUCUGUUUGUUCCCCUCACCCUGGCUGCCUUGGCCCCUCCAGGGCCAUUCUGAACAGCACUGCUCGGGCCAGAGCCUGGAGGAGAGAGACAGCUGACAGAUGGAUCCACAGUCCGGACGCCUUGCUGCCCUGAGCCAGGGUGGGAGAUGUUAGGGUCUCGAGGGGUGACGGAGCUGCAGGGAUGGGAGUGGAGGCUGAAAACUGAGCACAAACCACAAACAGGAAGCAGGGUGUGAGUAGGAAAGAAUAGGAGUGAUGAGGGUAGCUAACUGUACUCAUGGGGUGGGAGCCAUUGGUGCCGGGGCUGCCGAAGAAGGGCACGGCCCUCGGCAGCUUUGUGCCCACGUCAGCGCCUUGUCCCUGCCCACAGUGUGAGCAAAGGGCCCCCUCCCAGUGGGCUGGCACAGCAACGCCGGCCCCUGCCUCCCGCUCGCUCAGCCAAAGCCCAGCUUCCCCGGCGGCAGCAACCACGGUCUCAGGGCUGACCUGUGCACAUCCGCUGGGCCCCGGAUGUUCAGGCCCCCAGCCCCUUCCUCAGGCCAGAGGCUCAUCCUGCAUUGCUGCAAGGCCCUGGGCCCCACAAGCAAUCCCCCAUGGGAAUCCUGCACAGAAAGAGACCGGCCUGGGGUGGGCAGCGCUGACCCAGGAAGGGUCAGGACGGGAAACAGCUGGCCCUCUUCCCUGAUGGGCAGGCUGGACUUCCCAGCUUCCGAAGCCUUCCUCCUUGAGCAGUCAGCAGGAUAGGCGGGGGCCCUUCUCUGUCUCCUCCCCAGAGACUAGGGACAUCCUCUGCCCUCCCCACGGGAGCAGCUAUGUCAGGGCCUCUCAGAGGGCCCCGAAGAGAUGCUCAGGGGCUCCUCUGCUCCCCCAAGACUGAGGGCGGUGCAGUGCUGACUGAGUCCCAAUCACCCUGAGACAACCCCACUUCAUCAGCCCUCUAGGCCUUACUUUGGGGGACCUGGGCUCCGCUCCCAUUUUAUCCAUUUGGCCCAAGUCCAGAUUCAAGAGUGGGCGAUAAAACUAGCUUCCUCACCCCUUCAGGGCAAGUCCCACUGCCAGACCUGAAGCAGGCCUGUCCAACACUUGUCCUGGAAGCCUGCCUCUCUGUCCGUCUGUCUCAAAGGUACCUGGGCCUCUGACUCCUCCCUCCCCGACACCUGUGCCCCAGAGCCUGCCAGGAUAUCUCUUGCAGCCGAUAGGCUUCCCUGGUGACCAUCCGUCUGUCUGUCCCUGAGUUCGGGGCGCCUCUCUUCUCACUGCACCCCUCCUCGCGCACACCCUUCACCCUGCCGGAGAGAUGCCUCUCUAGGGAAAGGCAGGGUGGCUGCACCCAGCAGUUAAUCCAAAUGGCAAAUAUUUUGUAACAAAAUAGCCCAGAGGUAUUUUAUCUGUUCAAUUCAUAGAGUUUUAGAGAUUAUAUUGAAAUAUGUCACUUGAGGAAA